ACCGGAGUUCAGCUUCUUGUGUUAUGAAAGCUGCAGAGUGAAAUGUUGGAUAACUACUGUUUCCCUGCCCUGAACCAACACCAUGUGGAGAUCUGAGGGACUUCCGCCCGCCUAGUUUUUCCCGAAAACAUCUAAAAUUUAAGGAGAGAGUGAUUUUUACUCAGAAAAGUGUGAGAAAAGACAGAAAGAGAGGAUGGCAAAGCGGAGAAAGAGUGCAGAGACAGAGGCCGAUACAAAGAAACUGAAGCAGGUGCUGAAGGCAAAGAGCAGCGGAGCAAAAGCGAGAGCGAAGAAGAAAGAUGCAGGUAAUGGCAUCAUGGAGGAAGAGGAGAACGUCAAGAGGAAGGUCAAACCCAAACCACGUUCCUCCACGAAACGAGCAGCAGGGAACGUCUCUUCCACCCCAUCCACACCUACCACCACUGUCAAAACCAGUAAGUACUUCCAGUCGCCAGUGACGGAGGAGGACAGUGAAGAUGACUUUGACAUGGUGACAUCACCAGCACGCGUGGUUAUGUUGAACGCCAAGAAAACAGAGAAGGAAGUAGAGGAGGAGGAGGACAGUGAAGAUGACUUUGACAUGGUGACAUCACCAGCACGUGUGGUUAUGGUGAAAGCCAAACAAGCAAAGAAGGAAGAAGGGGAGGAGGAGGAGGAGGACAGUGAGGACGACGAGGAUGACUGGGAGGAAGUGGAAGAGCUUUCUGAGCCGCUGGGUCCAGUUGAACCACCAGAACCCGUCCUGCCCUCUCAGCCAGUUGAGAUCGAGAUCGAGACUCCAGAGGUCAGGAAAAGAAAAAAGAGGCAGGCAGAGUUUGAGACGUAUCUGAGGCGGAUGAUGAACCGAUACAAGAAGGAUGUGCUGAUAGAUACACAUAAGGUCCACCUGAUGUGCCUGAUAGCCAGUGGGAUGUUCCGCAGCCGUCUGUGCAGUGAACCUGACCUGCUGGCCAUCACUCUUUCGCUGCUGCCCUCCCACUACGGCAUGGUCGCCAAGGAACGCAUUGACCAAAACUACCUCUCUGGACUGCUCAAAUGGUUUAAAGCAACGUUCACCCUCAACCCCAGUCUUCCCUGUGAGGAGCGUCCGGAUCCCCGGGCUCUGCUGGAGAGACGGCUCGCCAGUCUGUCGGCUAGAAACCACCAGGAGAUGACUCAUCUGUUCCUGUUGGUCCUGAGGUCUCUGAUGCUCUUUUGCAGAUUGGUUCUUUCUUUGCAGCCGAUUCCUCUCAAACCCCCAUCAGCCAAGGGUAAAGGGGCUAAAACAUCUCCUGGUCCCCCGAAAAAGAGCAGUACAAGCCAAGAAACCUCAAAGACCACCUCCUCUAAGCCGAAGGUCUCCUCUGGCACCAAAAGACCAGCUGGAGAGGGGAAGGUAAAGGGCGACCGAGGAGGAAAGAAAGCAAAGAAGAAAGAGAUAAAGGAGGAGGAGGAAAAGGCUUUGACAUCAGGAGGACAGAGACCGAAGAACUCUAAACGUCGCAGCAUCGCCUCAAAAGUCAGCUACAAGGAAGAAAGUAACAGCGAAGGGGAACAGGAGGAGGAGGGGGGGCUUAGUGAUGAGGAGUUUCAGGCGACAAGCGAGGAGGACAGUGAGGAUUCAGAGGGAGGGGCUAAAUCCACCAAGGGGAAGAAGGGGAAAGGGAAGAGCAAGAACACUGCAGCUUCGAAGAGGAGGAGCAGUGGAGGGAAGAAACAGUUGAAAGACGAGGAGGGCAAAAAGCAAGAGGAAGAUGAUGAGGAAGAAGUAACAACAAGCAACACAACAAAGCGGGGUGGGAAAAAGAAGGAGGGGCCUGGGGCGGAUGAGUGGUUGGAGGUGUAUCUGGAGAAAACUUCAUCCUGGGUUUGCAUAGAUGUGGAGCACGGUGUUGGGAUGCCUCAUCUCUGCUCCAAGAAUGCAACAGCUCCAGUGACGUACGUGGUGUCAGUGGACGGUGACGGCUUUGUGAAGGACCUGGGGAGAAAGUACGACCCCACCUGGUUGACAUCGACCAGGAAGAGGCGGGUGGAUGAGGAUUGGUGGGAGGAAACGCUUGAGCCGUUACUGCGGCCCGAGGAUGAGAGGGACAGAAGGGAGGACAAGGAGCUCCAGAAGAAGCUGCUGAGCAAACCUUUGCCGAUCUCAAUAACAGAGUAUAAGAACCACCCGCUGUACGCUUUAAAGAGACACCUGCUUAAAUAUGAAGCCAUCUACCCUCAGACAGCCACUAUACUGGGAUACUGCAGGGGAGAGGCGGUGUACUCCAGGGAUUGUGUGCACACCCUGCACUCCAGAGACACCUGGCUGAAAGAGGCACGGACUGUCAGAAUAGGAGAGGAGCCGUAUAAGAUGGUGAAGGGCUUCUCAAACCGUUCCCGUAAAGCCAGGAUGGCAUCUGAGCAGAAGGAUGAGAAAGACCUGGCUCUGUUUGGAGAGUGGCAGACUGAAGAGUAUCAGCCGCCCAUAGCUGUGGAUGGGAAGGUUCCCCGAAACGACUAUGGUAACGUCUACCUGUUUAAGCCCUGUAUGUUACCGGUGGGCUGUGUUCACCUCAGGCUGUCCAACCUUAACCGCGUGGCCAGGAAGCUGAGCCUGGACGCCGCCCCUGCGGUCACAGGGUUUGACUUCCAUGGAGGAUACUCGCAUGCUGUGACUGAUGGUUACAUUGUGUGUGAGGAGCAUGAGGAGAUUCUCAGAGCAGCCUGGGUGGAAGAACAAGAGCUCCAAAAACAGAGGGAGAGAGAGAAAAAAGAAAAGAGAGCACUCUCCAACUGGACUCUGCUGGUGAAGGGGCUCCUGAUCAAAGAAAGACUUAAGCAGCGUUAUGGAAAGAAGAACCAUGGACUCGCUCAUGGAGAGGAGACCGGCGGGUUUUCGUCAGAUGAGGAGAGGGUUGAGGGCGAAAGUUCUUCAGAUAAGACGGCAGCUGAGACUUUGGCCAUGUCCUGGCCCCAGAACAGACAAGCCGAGGAGGACGGAGGGAGCAUCAGUGGACUGAAGAAGAAGACGACGACAAAACGUGAAAAGAGAGGACAGGAGAAACAUAUGUUCCCUUUUGAGAAAGUGUGAUGUGGGAGAUCCAAAACCACAAGUUAGGUUAAAGUAAGAUUGCUCUCAUUAAAGAAUUUGACUGAC